AUGUUCUCUGCGACUGCUCAGUCCAUAUUUUUCACCGGCCUAGCCGGUGACCACAAUUCCACCAUAUAUAUUCGAUGUGAUGAAAAGUAACUGAAGGCAGAAAACAUAAAGAAAAUAGAAAAGGAGAAGAAAACCGGUUGGAGUUGCCGGCGACUUUGACGGCGUUGGAGAUUUUGUUGUUUAUUUUUCACACCACUUUUGAAGGUUUCCGAGAGAGAGGAGGAUUAUAAAAAAGAAAGAAUGUUUCUUUUUGAUUGGUUCUAUGGAAUUUUGGCAAGUCUUGGUCUGUGGCAGAAGGAGGCAAAGAUUUUGUUCCUGGGGUUAGAUAAUGCUGGCAAGACCACUUUGCUUCACAUGCUCAAAGAUGAGAGAUUAGUUCAGCAUCAACCUACUCAAUAUCCCACCUCAGAGGAGUUGAGUAUUGGGAAGAUAAAGUUUAAGGCUUUCGAUUUGGGGGGCCACCAGAUUGCUCGUAGGGUUUGGAAGGAUUAUUACGCCAAGGUGGAUGCUGUUAUAUACCUGGUUGAUGCAUAUGACAAAGAAAGAUUUUCAGAAUCAAAGAAGGAGUUGGAUGCACUUCUUUCUGAUGAGUCACUUGCAAACGUGCCUUUCCUUAUAUUGGGAAACAAGAUUGACAUACCUUAUGCUGCCUCAGAGGAUGAGCUACGUUAUCACAUGGGUCUGAGUAACUUCACCACAGGCAAGGGCAAGGUUAAUUUGGCUGACUCAAAUGUUCGUCCUUUGGAGGUGUUCAUGUGCAGUAUUGUCCGCAAGAUGGGGUAUGGUGAAGGCUUUCAGUGGCUCUCUCAGUACAUUAAAUAGAACAGAUCAAGUGUGUUUCUAGACGUAUCUGCUCAUGUAAAUUCAAUGCUUGAAUAUGGUGGUUUUACUUUUUGUUAUGAAAUAUGUAAGCUUGUGUUGCUGUUCUGUAUAGGUUAUUGAAAUUACAGGAGUAAUAAAUAAUGGCUCUUAAUGUUA